AUGGGAGACAUGGCUCUCGACCCCACCACGGUACCGCCCGAUUUAAUCCCACGCCCGUCCCUCUGCUUCUCCCAGCCCAUGCCUGGCAUGGUUGUCCACGGCGGGGACGAGGGCUUCGACGAGGAGUUGCUUCGACACUACAGCCCCGUCGAAAGUAACGCAGCAGAGGCCUUCGUACGCCUCAAGGACGCCCUCCGCAAAGCCGACGUCGAGGCCUUCUGGCACCUGCUCACAGAGGGACUCGCCAACAUUACCGGCGCACAGUACGCCUUCGUUUCCAAGCGCAUCCUCCAAGAUGAUAGAGACGUCGCUGUCGAACUCCCGCCCAUCGGGGAACCCGGAGCCUGUCUUAUGGGAGCUGCCUUUUACGUCAAUGAUGGCCGCGGGAACAACACCCACAUGAAGAACUUCAAGUACCACGCCUACCAGUGUCCGUGCGCUUACAUGAAGCACGACAAGAUCUUCAUCAUUCCUGAAAAGCUCAACGACUUCAUCAUCAACAACCCAAAUGAGCUGGUCGUGCCCGGUGAGGCAUAUCUUGGGAUCCCAUUGUUCGCUGAUGGCAAGUGCUUCGCCCAUUUCGGUGUCAUGUGGAGUCCGGAAGGAGCCUCGAACCGGCGCUUGAGCUGGGGUUACUUGGAAAUGUUAUUCCACGGUUUGGAGGAUCUCAUCCUGCAACGUGUUCUGGAGGGAAAGAGCUUCGCAAAGUCUGCCGAGGUCGUGAAGAAAGAGACAAGGAUCGUUCCCCACGAAGCUGUAUCAAUGGCACAGUCGCUGAAGCCAUAUGCGCGAAGCCUUUCCCAUGAAUUGCGGACGCCGAUGCAGGGUGUAGUGGGUAUGUUGGACGUGAUGAUGGCAAACAUCAAAGAAGUGGCCGAGGACACGCACCACGAGCCCCGAAUACGGAAGCUGCUCGACUCCUUGAAACAAAACAUCGAGGCUGUACAAGACUCUUCCCGACGUGCCGUUGAAGCCGCCGACAACGUCGUGCACGCUUAUGACAUGAAUAUGGGGGUACCAGAGACUCCUACAACACCCUUGGAUGCCGAUUUCUCUCAGGUGAAUGUUUUCCUCCGAAAUAGCCGGCCAGAAAUUCCCAUCACUGGCGACACGCUCCCGUUUGCUCAGUACCGAGGCAUCAAACGAAAGAGAGAGGAAGUUUUUGCUUGGUCAGGGCAGGUGCGAGUGGCGAGAAGCGCUCGUCGGCGUAUACGACAUUCCACCUCAGAAGAACCUCUGAGCAGCAACACACGCGCGAGCCAGUGUUCAAAACCAGGAAACACCGUCGAGCCUGUGGAGGAAGUCUGCUCGCAUGGCGCCGUCGGAAACCGUUGCGAGGGCGACACCGGUUUGUCGCCCAUGUUCGCGUCCGAACAUUCGACUGCGCCGGGCUUGCGAUAUACGAAUUUGCGUGAGGUCAUUCAGUAUGUCAUCAACGACGCACUCAAAGUAGGAGGUCGGCCUGAUUCUGCCAUUGCGGAAGAGACAGAGUUGGGUGAGAAGAUCGAAGUACGGACACGGAGCUCCAAUGGCGAAGCGCACUCGAAGAUGAUCGAAUGGAUGGUAUCGUCAGAUGUGCCGGACACCAUUGUGAUCGAUGAGAAGGACCUUGCCAAGAUGAUAUCCUGCCUGGCGCUGAACGCUAUCAAGUUCACAGAACACGGCUCAAUCAGUCUGAAAGCCUCCCUCAGUGUUAACGCCAGGUAUAUUGUCAUUAACGUAAAGGACACUGGCUCUGGGAUUCCCGCAGCUUUUUUACCGAAUUUGUUCAAACCAUUCUCGAGGGAAGACGACUCCACUACGCGCGUCAGCGAAGGGCUCGGCCUCGGGUUAAUGGUGGCGAAAGGGCUCGCACGGAAACUUGGGGGCGAUCUGUUCUGCCUCAGAUCGCACGUUUCAGGUCCGGGAAAGGGCUCAGAAUUCGAGAUGCGCGUGCCAGUCACCCCUGGUGAAGUUUGUAGCCGCCCUGGUUCACCGUUCGGCUCACCAAGCCCCUCUGUGAAAUCCCACUUGUCUUUGGAAACAGGUGUAGUCUCGGCGAACGUCACACACCAUCCUAGCACCCCUCCGCCUACAUCCGAGCCUUUCCAGCCGAUGCCUCGAACGUCCAAAAGCCCCGCGCCCUGCAAGUCUUCGCUUGGACCACAUCACCUUGGUUUGCCAUCCCCACGCUCUGCGUCACCAGCGCGUCCGCGCGCCAUCUCCAAGGGUAGAACCUCUCACCGUAGUGGCCACGACAAGAAGCUCGCGGAGGCAUAUCCACUCAACUUUCUUGUAGUUGAUGACAAUCGCAUCAACCGGAGUGUGCUACGCCACAUGCUGAAAAACCUUGGGUACACCAAUGUUCAUGAAGCAUAUGACGGUAAUGAUGCUGUCCAGCAGAUGCGCAACAACGCGCAAAGUCCUUUGCACGAGGCCAUCAAUGUCGUCCUCAUGGACCUCUGGAUGCCACGGCUCGACGGGUUCCAGGCCACCGAGAUGAUCCUAAAGAUGGACGCGCUCACCGACAAGCCAAUCGUCCUCGCCGUCAGCGCAGACGUAACCGACGCAGCUGUGGAUCGUGCUGGCAAGGUCGGCAUGAAGGGAUUCCUCACGAAACCCUUUGUUAUCCGGGAUGUGGAGAAAUUGAUCAUGCAGCAUUGCGCUCCAGUAAACAGCAUACUGUGA